GAGUAGCUCUGAAUAUUUUGUCCCUCGCCGUAUUCCGUUCGACUUUACGUGGCAUUCGUACCGAAGCUUGCGUUUCCUUUCCACAGUCAACGCAGCUACACAAACUCCACUUCUGCAAGUUGAUGACUCGCGGGAAACCCCGAGGCGCGCGGUGUUUCUUCCUUCUUUAAUAAUUACCUGAGUGCUGAAAAAAAUCAAAAAUAAAAAAUGUACACUCUGUCGGAGCUCAUAAUUCUUGUGGCGGUCUUAUCCGCUACAGUCUCUGGCUAUUUUGUCAGCAUAGACGCGCACGCCGAGGAGUGCUUCUUCGAGCGCGUCAACUCUGGCACCAAAAUGGGCCUCAUGUUUGAGGUGGCUGAGGGAGGCUUUCUCGACAUCGACGUGGAGAUUACAGGGCCUGAUGGGAAACAGAUUUAUAAAGGAGACAGAGAGUCCAGCGGAAAAUAUUCUGUGGCAGCCCACAUGGAUGGCACAUAUAAGUUCUGCUUCAGCAACAAGAUGUCCACCAUGACCCCCAAAAUUGUCAUGUUCACCAUUGACAUCGGAGAAGCACCCAAGGGGGAUGGCAUGGAGACGGAAGCUCAUCAGAACAAGCUGGAGGAGAUGAUCAAUGAGCUGGCAGUUGCCAUGACAGCAGUCAAGCACGAGCAGGAGUACAUGGAAGUUCGGGAGAGGAUACACAGAGCGAUCAAUGACAACACAAACAGCAGAGUGGUGCUCUGGUCCUUCUUCGAAGCGCUGGUCCUGGUAGCCAUGACACUAGGACAGAUUUACUACCUGAAGAGGUUUUUUGAAGUGCGAAGAGUUGUGUAAAAAAAGAAAGAAUUGAAAGCCUGUUUUCACCUAUGAAUUGUUUCAUUACCAGGACCCACUAGCUUCACCCUUUUCUUCAGGACUGAAAUUCUGACUUUAUUUAGACCAUCAAAAAAGUCUUUGAAAUAUAUAUAAUUGUUUUGCCUUUUUUUGUUCAAUAUUCACUUUUUCCUCUGUUUUACAAUUGAUAUUUCACAGCUUGAAGAAACUGAUGGUACCAUUAUGUUGACUUUGAAAGCUGUCUUUUUAUAACCACCUCUUCAGACUGAGGUAAAGGUUGCUUCAGCUUUUGUUUCCAGACUUCAGUGCUCUGUGAACCUAAGAAAAAUAUUAAUUUAUUUGAUUUUAAAUAUUGGAAGUCUGUGAAGAGCCAUCAAACCUGUGAUCAGUAUUGGUUUUCAUCCUGCUGUUUUUUCUGCAGGUUUCAGUUGUGGUCACAUUUGAAAUGCAAAACUGGGUUGAGGGUUGUAGAGACUGGCCAGAUCAGUGAUGUAAUCUUACUUUUAAUUUCAAUCCUAUUGCUGGAGUCAGGGCUAAAUACCUAGGCAUUUCAUUUGUCAGUACUCCAGCACACAUUUCUAUGGGUAAAACAUGUCCGUGUGGAAGAUUUACACUGGAAUUGCAGCGUCGGUGCAUCAUAUCCAAAGCAUUCUGGUUGAUUGUCUGCUUGUUUCAGGUCACAUCUUUUGAUCAAAUGCAGAACCAUUGACUUUGUGAAUUGCUACUGUAAAGACUCCAGUGAAUGAAUUGAACCUUCUGUUUUGUGAACACUUUGGUUGCAGACAUUUGUUCUUGCUAAGAAACCAUUUGUUUUAAUAGCAAUGAGCAGGUGUACUACAGUGAAGGUGGCCAUGAAGACAAUGUGACUAGUGUACAGUCGCCUGCUUGUACUUUUUCUAAUUGGGGGGGAGUUUUAUACAACUUGAUUUUCCUGGUUAUUCAAUGUGGUAAAAUUCAUGGGAUGUUUUUGUUACCUUUGGGAAAAUGGUGAAAAAGUCAUGCAGUUUAGGGAAGUGUGCAGUGGAUCUUUCAGGAAAUGUGCCAGAGAACAGCUCAGCCAGAACUGUUGGCAUGUGAAAUUUGAGAUGACAAACUACAAUUCAGGUUUAGUAAAUAAAAAUCAAUGAUCCUGGA